AUGUGGUAUGUGUCUCGAUUCAUAGAAGAACACAAUCACGAGUUGUUAUUAUCAAAGUUUGUUGAGUAUCUGAGGUCCCACCGAAAGAUUUCUGAUUUUGAGAAAGCACAGUUAAAUAGCAUGAGGAAAAUUGGUAUAAUCAUCCCCAAAAUAUAUGAAUCGUUUGCUGCACAGGUUGGGGGCUUUAAUAUGGUUUCUUUCACUAAACAAGACAGGCCGAGUAAGCAACUUUGCGAUCUGUUUUGGAGUGAUGGAGCUAGCCAGGAAGAUUAUCGGAUAUUCGGUGAUGUACUUGCUUUUGAUGCAACGUACGGGAGAAACAAGUACAACCUACCAGUUGUGUUUUCUGGGGUUAACCACCACAAUCAGACAUGUGUUUUUGGUGCUGCCAUGGUUUCACACGAAUCACAGGAGUCGUAUAAUUGGGUAUUGGAGAGGUUUUUGGAAUGCAUGAAAGGGAAAACACCUAAUGCAAUAAUUACAAAUGGAGAUCCGGCAAUGUGA